AUGCUCGGUCCGAUUGAUGGAGCGUCGCUCGAAGUUUGGGCGUAUAGCGGUAGCGGGAGCAAAGAUUUCGUGCUUCCUGUUUACCUUCUUCGCGUCGGUGAUUUGGUAGCGGUCGCGCAAUGCCCUCAGGCUCAGGCUCGAGUAAUUGCCUCCAUCACAAUCCGGAAAUGGCUUUGUCCUCCAUCCAGCUCCAUCCACGAUACAUAUGCUUCCGCGCAGCUCCAGGGUCCGUCACUUCCGCAAGCCUUCCUACUUCUUCGCAUGGAGGUUGGCAAGACACAAGCCGUCACCGCACAUCUUCCAGCGAUUCUCUUUUUGGCUUCUCAGAUUAUAACUGUCCCUUUCCGUCACCCUACGCUUCGACGCGUGAUAUGGCGGCAACAACAAGCCGCUUAA